AUGGCAGAGACAAACGGCGUCUUCAGACAAGAAAUGCGCAGAGUGCCUCCGGGCGAAUUCGCGCGCCCAAACAGAAAAACUAACGGCUAUGGCGUCCAGGCCGAGGACACGAGAAUCUGCGUCGUCAUGGUCGGCCUGCCCGCGCGCGGCAAGAGCUUGAUUGCCACCAAAGUCGUGCGAUACCUCCACUGGCUCUCCAUCGGCGCCAAGACGUUCAAUGUCGGCCAGUACCGCCGCACCAACACGCCCACGCCCUCGGCCGACUUCUUCGACACGGGCAACCAGGAGGGCGAGCGCCUGCGCAAGGCCGCCGCCGAAGCUGCCGUCAAUGACAUGGUCAAGUGGUUCCGCGAGGGCUUGGGCGUCGUUGCCAUCCUCGACGCCACCAACAGCACCAAGACUCGCCGCCGCUGGAUCCAGGAGCGCUGCGAUGCCGAGGGCAUCCAGACGCUGUUUGUCGAGUCGAAAUGCGACGACGAGGAGCUCAUAAUGCAGAACAUCUUGGAGGUCAAGACGACGAGCCCGGACUACAAGGGCCAGGACCCCGAGCUUGCGGCCCAGGACUUCCGCAACCGCAUCCGCAACUACGAGAAGGUCUACCAGACGAUCGACGAGGAUGAGUACAGUCUGACCUACGUCAAGCUCAUCGACGUCGGCAAGCAGGUCAUCAUCAACAAGAUCCGGGAUUACCUGCAGAGUCGUGUUGUGUACUACCUGAUGAACCUCCACAUCAAGCCGCGGUCCAUCUGGCUCUCACGACAUGGCGAGUCGAAGUAUAACCUUUCCGGCAAGAUUGGAGGUGACGCCGACAUCUCGGAACGCGGUGAGCUGUACGCGCGGAAGCUGCCUGAGCUGGUCAAGCAAUCGGUGGGCGACGGACGGAAGCUCACGGUCUGGACCUCGACACUAAAGCGUACUAUCCAAACGGCCCGGUUCCUGGAGUUCGAGAAGCUGGAGUGGAAGGCGCUAGACGAGCUCGACUCGGGCGUGUGUGACGGUCUUACAUACGCCGAGAUCGAGGAGCGGUAUCCGGAAGACUUCAAGCAGCGUGAUGAGGACAAGUACAACUACCGCUAUCUCGGCGGCGAAAGCUACCGCGAUGUCGUCAUCCGUCUCGAGCCCAUCAUCAUGGAACUGGAGCGCUCAGAGAACAUUCUCAUCGUCACCCACCAGGCCAUCCUUCGCUGCAUCUACGCGUACUUCAUGAACGUUCCUCAGGAGCGUAGCCCGUGGAUGGAGGUCCCGCUGCACACGCUCAUCAAGCUUACGCCCAAGGCAUACUCCACCCAGGAGGAAAGGCUCAAGGCGGAUAUCCCUGCCGUCAGCACAUUCAGAUCAAAGGGUAGCAGCGCAAAGCAUCAGGAGUCCCCUGAUGUUCCCGAGGCCCCUGAUGCGAAUCACGCGUAA